UUGGCCACCAGACCAGACCUACUCAGCUCCCCACUCCACAGGGUCUCAACAGAGACAGCAUGGCUGCUCAUCACUACAGUCCUCUGUUCUUCAUGUCCGUGCUGGCCCUGCUAUCCCCGCUUCUUGCUCUGCACAUUGAAAACCUGGAGAGAUUGAAAGUAAAUUUAGAUGAAAUUGUUAAUAUCCAUUCCAACGGGCCUCUUCCUGGUGAAGCUGGAGGGAUCAUCCAGAACCGGGCAGCUGACCCUCAGCAGGAACAGGGCCGCAGUGGUUGGCCCAAGGACUGCAGUGAGCUCCCUGCUAGCAGCCCCAGUGGCAUCUACAUCAUUCAGCCCACAGAACAGCAAACCAUUGUUGUCUACUGUGAGAUAAGCAAGGAGGAUGGAGGCUGGACUGUUAUCCAGAGGAACAAUAAAGAUACACCAGUCAGCUGGGAUGAGUCCUGGAGCACCUACAAACACGGCUUUGGGAAUGUGCACACUGAGUUCUGGCUGGGCACCGAGUACAUCCACCAGAUCACCAGGCAGAAGGUCUAUCAGGUCAGGUUUGUCAUCUGGGAUUCUUCAAACAACAAGAAGUUCGCAGACUACAACCUGUUCAGCCUGGAUGAUGAGUCCCAGGGCUACCAGCUGAGGCUGGGAGCGCACUCAGGGACAGCAGAGGAUGCCAUGGCCUCCAAGGGCACGACCACCAUGCACGAUAACAUGAAAUUCUCUGCUAAAGAUCGAGAUCAGGACACUUCUAGUGGGAACUGUGCUGCCAGCUCCGGGGGCGGGUGGUGGUACUCGGCGUGUUACUCUGUGCGUCUGAACUACAAAGGGGCCCUGACAUGGGGCAACCUUUGCCCAGGGAACUGCAGAGCCUCAGCCAUCCUCAUCAAGCCCACCACCUACUGCUAGUUGCAUUUUCAUUUCCUUUCUGUCCAACUUGGGGCUUCUUCUGGCUCUCCAAAGAAUUGGAACAAAGCAAAACCAAACUGGGUGUUCCACGGGGUCUUUGCAGAGGUUGGUCAUAUGUAGCUACUGAAUAAAAUAAGGCAUUUUCCACUUCUUCUUCCUCCUGUAGAUUUUCUCUACUUCUCAGCUGCGCCUGUGUCCUCUAGUUCAGAGUCAGAUAAUUUUAAUUGCAUUAAUAAUAGAAACAGUCUCCUGGAAACUCAGAAGUUUCCAUGCUGGUAGUGUGUUUCAUGUAACAUGUGAAAUGGUCAACCCAGUAGACUUCUGUGGUGUUGUCAAUUAUUUUACAUCUUUAGUUUCAGGAAAACAACCUAAUUUUGCUGACGAUCUUGCUCAAAUACUAAAGUGUACAGGCAACUUGCCACUCCGAACCUCCUGCAUGUAACGCUUAAUAGAUGUUAAAUAGUCAAAUAAAUUGGUAUUCAAAGAA